UCCAAAAGCCAGUCAACUCUGCCCUGCUCGUUCAGCUGAACAGUACUCUCAACAAUCCAGUCUAUCACGGGCAGUGGUUUCCUUUCCCUCUAUUUGGAUCCGUUUUUACUGUCCUCAGUUUCCCGCAAUCUGUGCGUAAGUGGGUGUGUCGAUAUAGUGCAGGGCUCGUACGCACUUUGAAAAAGAAGAAACAGUUUAGCAUGAGUUUAGUCUGAAACCCGCACCGGAGAAGGCUACCAGGAUGGCUGUCUGGACCAGAGCGGACAAAAACGGGCAACUGGACCUUUUGCUCCGGGACCGUUGGAUCCGAGUUUCGGCCGAAUUGACUCGCGAGACUCUAACGUUAACCGCAGAGUUGGACAUAAGUGGACAAGGGAACAACUUGGAUUACAACUCUCCAGGAGGCCUAAGAAAUGGAGUGUCUAACGGAAACGAUCCCGGGCUUGCUUCGGGAAACUCGAACCGCGGUCAACUCCUGAACCAAGAGCAGCAACCGAACAACGGUGGUCGAGGGCGCAGCGGUAGUGGGGGCAUUAACCGGGGUCAUUACGACGGGAACUACGGUUUAAAUAGUCCGGGUUCUGGCAAGUAUGCUCGUGAUAAUGGUACGAACUCUGACUUUGGUAGCCCCGGAUCCAGUUACGGCAGUCCUGGGUCCAGUUUUAGUUCGAGACAUGGCGAAGUUUCCAUCAAUUCAGAAUCUGGCACAGAGGCAGUGCGUAAAGUUCGAGUGGUCAAACAGGAGUCCGGCGGCUUGGGAAUCAGCAUCAAAGGGGGCCGAGAAAACCGAAUGCCCAUCCUCAUAUCCAAGAUCUUUCCCGGACUGGCAGCAGACCAGAGUCGCGCUCUCAGGGUCGGCGAUGCUAUCCUGUCCGUCAACGGGAACGACCUGAGGGAGGCUACGCAUGAUCUGGCGGUGCAGGCGCUUAAAAAGGCCGGAAAGGAGGUUACGCUUGAGGUGAAGUACAUCCGGGAGGUGUCUCCACUGUUCAAGAAGCCGUCCCUGGUGGCGGACCUGCCGUGGGACGGCGUGCGUCCUCAGUCGCCUAGCUACAGCGGCAGCGAAGACUCUGGCUCGCCCAAGCACAUCUCGGCCAAAGACAGGAAGGUCAUCAGCCUGAAGAUGUGCUUCAUCAGCCGUAACCUCACCAUGCCUGACCUGGAGAACAGGCUGCUGGAGCUUCAUUCCCCAGACGGGCAGCACACGAUGGUCCUGCGCUGCAAGGACGGGCCCAGUGCCAGCUCCUGGUUCAGUACCAUCCACACCAACAUAGCUGCCUUGCUGCCCCAGACACUGGCCCACAUCAACGCCUACCUGAGCGCCUCGGGAACCUCACACCCCCACCUCAAACACAUAGGCUGGCUGGCAGAGCAGGUCCAGCUGGAUGGUGGCCGUCACCAGUUUCGCCCUGUUGUCAUGGCGCUGACAGAGAAAGACAUCCUGCUGUUUGAGUCAGUGCCAUGGAGCCGUGAAGCCUGGUCCACACCUCUGCUUACUCACCCUCUACUAGCUACUAGACUGGUCCACUCUGGCAGUGCCCGCAGCGCCCCUGCCCAGGGGGCAGAGUUGGUGUUUGCCACGCGGACGGGUACGGGGCGUGGCAUCGAGUCCCAUGUGUUCCGAGUGGAGACCACCUGGGACCUGUCGUCAUGGACGCGGGCGCUGGUGCAGGGCGGGCACGCCGCUGCAGAACUUAUCAAAGAGGUGUCCAUCGGUUGUAUGUUGAACAGGCAGGAUGUCCGGCUGACUCUGCACUAUGAGAAGGGCUUCACUGUGACGCGGGAGCCCCCUGACCCUCCAGGGGGCGCUGUGCUCUACAGAUACCCCUUCGAGAAGCUCAAGUUGUCUGCCGAUGACGGGAUACGAAACCUCUAUCUGGACUUCGGGGGUCCGGAGGGAGAGAUGGUGUUCGAUUUGCAUUCCGGGCCGAAGCCUAUUGUGUUUGUGCUCCAUUCGUUCCUGUCUGCCAAGCUGACCCGUCUGGGCCUGCUGACCUGAAGCAGGACCCAGGAGCCCCGUCCAGAGAUCCUCCCUCCUCUACUGGGCCUUCACAGCCUUCCGGUCUCUCUUUGUGUACUUUGCUAUUAUAAGAUGGAUGACUGAGUUUAAGAGGAACUAGUAACUGUUAACUGUGUGUUGACUUUGGGCACUGAACUGACAUGGAGUGUAGCAGCCUGAGUGGAUGAUGAAGUAUGCAUGUGUAAAGUGUGUGUUUGUGUUGGCUUGAUAGUGUGCCUGUUGCCUAAAAGACCAAUUGUUUAGUACAAUAUCCCAAAUGACUGUUAUAAUCAGGAUUGCCAACUGUGCCUUUUUACGUGUAGUCAAGAAAGCUUUUCUUCUUUUCAUUUGUUGUAAGUGUUGUAAGAUUCCAAGCAGAGUAAGCUUUUAAGAUGCACAGCAAUAGUAUUACUUUUAUACUGUAACCCUGAUAUUUUAGUAUUGGUUAGUUAGUACAUUUGUAUGUAUCAUUGGGACCGUUUCCAAGACACAGUGUGAACCUCAGUUUGGAACUGCAGAAAAGACUUCAUCUGUGUUGAGGAAUACUAGCCCACCAUGUUUAUAAUGUCCUCUUGACUGUAUGAACUUUUAAGUGUAUUAGACCAUUUCUAAAUGACAGCCUAACACCUGUCCCACCCCCUUAUGUAAUUUCUAUAUGACAUAUAUGACAUAAGUCACCCUUAUGCUACCUGUCACUCUGCACACUUAGUUAGCCCCCCUAGCCUUCUACCGUGGCCUGGGUCAGGGAGGGUUUCUCUGGAGAUCUCUAAAGGGCGGACCACUUCUGACCAUUCCUUGUGAUGCAUUACAGACGCACACAGCCUGAGUCUGACGUGACGUACAGGUCACGUGGCAAGUUGUCUAAAGGUAGAGUUACCUCCUGAGUAACCAUCUGACUGGGUGACCUCAGCGUCCUGUACGCUUCCCUUCAGACUAAGGUCCAUCAUGAUGUUGGUGAUGGACUAGAAUGAUGAUGAUGAUGAUGAUAAUCAUGUUCCAUGAAUACAGUAGAGGGAUCAAUCCUGCAGUUGUGUUAUUCCAGUUCCUAGUCCAAUGUUUUUCCUGUGUAUACCUGUGUCUUUACCAGAGAUUCCACCGAUGCUCUGGCUGUUAGCCUAAAAGUCCAGCCUUCCAGUUUACCCAUGAAUGUAUCUCUGAACAAAUUACAGUUUCAAGCUGUUGGUUAAACCCUUUUGUAUUACUCUGAUCUUCAAACAUGUUUAGCUUCCAAUGUGACUGUUUCCUAUGCAAAGCAAUGCUUUUACUCCAAGAAAGGGUUAUUGAACCAAAGUUUUGUAUCUGUGGCAGCUUAAUGCGUUGUACACAAUCGCAGAGAAAGCAUAGGAGAGCAUGCUGUUACAACAUGUUACAUGCACAACUAUGGUAGACUCUACGCCUGCACUCUGAUAUAUACAGUAUGUAAUGUAUAAUAAUAAUUAUGUUAUAACCUCAAAUGUAAAUAUAUAGCCUAUACAAAUAAAUUGCUCCCAAGACAAAAUUG